UAUCUCGGCCCGUUAUAAGUUAAAAUCGCGGCAACAAAUUUCAAUUUUUAGGGAUUUGUUGAAGUAGGGUUUUGCAUCGGAGCGAUUUGGGAGAAAAUUUUUUGCUGUUUCAUAGCAAGUGAAGCAAGUUCUAUUGCACAUUACAGUUAUUUGGGGGUGUUUUAAUCUUAAGAUGGCUAUUGAUGCUGGAUCCGGGAGCAAAAGUAGGGAUAAUGAUAGUAAUAACUCAAAAAACAAACUGGUUAGUAAAGGAUCAUCAAGUUUUGACUCGGGAAAGACAGAUAGAUCCACAAGAUCCUCGGUCAAGGAAGCCUCAUCUAAACAAAUGGAUUUAACCCCUGCAAGUAAACGGAAGUCUGAGCGCCUUGAGAAGCGGACCCCAUCCAUGCCUCCUGCUAAGAAGAAGUCUGCGGGACUUGAACAACAGAACACUCCAAGCCCUUUAAGAAGGUCUGAAAGGUGCUCUACUUCGUCAAGAUCAAAGUACUUAGGCACAGAAUCCAAUUCGUCUAGUAUAAAGAAGGAGAAACAAGAGAAGAUUGUGAAGAAUCUGACAAUGGAAUCUGAAAGUGUAAGCACUACCAAGAAGAAUACUACAACACCUAUUGAUUUAAAAAGGAAAAAAACGGAUGGCAGAACUUCCAAGUUAUUAUUCAAAAAACAAAAGAAAGAAGGUACUGCAUCAGUAGAUGCUUGUGAAGAUGAUGGUACUGAUGGGGAGCAUGGUACUAAAUCUCAAUCGAGUCUGUUGCAUGAGGCAGACCUGGUUGAGCCCGAAGAAAGAAGAAUGCUAUACAAUGAGCAGAAAAGCCUCCAUAUCCAUCUGAAAGCUGAGAUGGCAAAACUUUUUGGAGUGAUAAAAGUUUCGGAAGUCAUCAAACAUACUGCGGAAAAAUUUCUGGAAUAUAUUAUGGAGAAUCAUCAUGUUAGUAGGGAGCCGGAAACAAUUUUACAGGCUUUCCAGAUAUCUCUGUCUUGGGCUGCAGCUUCAAUCUUAAAGGAAAAGAUUGACAAAGACGAUAUAUUCUUGCUCGUAAAACAACGGCUAGAGUUCAGAUGCACUAAAGAAGAGGCAAACAAUGUCUAUCUGAAGCUGCGUUCCUUAAAGAAGAUGUUUUUGCGGAGAUUGGAUCCGAGCGGUAAUGCUUCAAGCUCUUCAAGAUAUUCUAUAUCACCAGUGAAAUCUGUUGGAGAAGAACCAUAUAAGGAAAGCAUAUCACAAGCUGCAAUAUCUGCCCCACUGAAUGUGGAAACUGAUAUCAUAGACAGGUUACAAGAUAAUGAGUUAAGUGGAGAAGGCACUGUGACUCCUACAGAAAAACUUAGGGAUAGUCAAAGGGAAAAGGUCAUUAAGGAGGUUCAGUGUGGACAUGGCAAACGAAUGUCCAUGCGGGAACAAGAGGAACACGAGAAAAUUGAGGAGUUCCAUAGAAUCUGGGAGAAGAAAAAUGAAGUGCUAGAGGAGGAGUGCAGACUGGAGAUAGCUGUUCUUCGCGCUAUACAUGGUGAGACUGCAGCAACAAAGGAUGGACAAAAAUCAUUAGAAACUAAGUUUGCAAAGAAAAUUGAAGUGCACACACGCCUAAAGGACCAGCAACUGAAAGAGCUUAAGGCUAAAUACUCUGCUAUGAGGAAUGAGGAAAUGCAGAAGGUUUCAUCGCAGCAGACCAGAGAAAACUCCUCUGGUAGGGGCCAUGAUUCUGGAGACGAGAUGGAGUGCUCUCAGGAAAAUUUAAAUGUCUCUGACAGUAUUCCUAAGACAGCUGUCUCUGCCUUGCAGGGUGACAUGGCAGCAUCUGAUGCACCUGCAUCUUCUCCAGCAGCGUGCCAUGUUCUUCCUGUUCAAUCUACUAAUGUUUUAGCAGCUUCAGUUUCAGAUGAGCUAGCUGAGAUCACAUCCAUGGGGAGUGAAUCAGUUUCUGCUGUUAAGCAGUCUAAUGAAGCCGGUAAUUCAGGUGACAGUGAAGAGGAAAAUGCUUGCAAGGUUCCUCUGUCUCCCAAAGAACAUACUGGUGAAGUUGCAUUGGACAAACAAAGUAGAGUUUGUUUGGAAGUAUCUGAAGUUGCUCUUAAUGAAGCUGUUGGACAUGAUAAAAUAUCUGAAGUAAAUAACACUAUUCAAGAAUUGGUUACAGAAAAUAAUUCUUUUUUGCCAAAUGUUGUUGGAAACCAGAGAGACAAAGUUAGCCCCAUUGACGGAAACCCAAUAACUCCAGAUGAAUUACCAGCAGACAUGCCUUGUGUAGCAGCAGUUCCUACUUCAGAUGAUGCUAGUUCUUUACCGCAAAAUCCAGUAAAUUUAGAUGAAUGUUCCCGUUCUUCAGGAGAUAAUGGAACACACAAUAACGAUAUGCCACCUGGUGAAAACCAGAUUGAAAUGCAAACUGAACUUGUUUCUGGACAUAAUAUAAACAACACUUCUGAAGCAAUUUUAGCUGGCAAUUGUGAGCAACAUCAUAGAGUAGAUGAUGGUGUUCCCGUUGCCGCUCACCAUACUCGCAGGGAGUCUGCACCUCAAGCCCACGAUGAAAGAAACUCUAUUCCAAUCCCUGGAUCCUCUCCCCAUGCAGCAGGACCUUCACAUCAAGCUGUUUCUCCAGCUGGGGAAAAUCUGGAGCCUUGUGCAUCUGUUCAGUCAGACGUUAGGGUUACCCACAAUCAAUCUUUCUUACCAGCAGUGAGUAGAUUGCAUCCUCAAUCAACUACGAAUCCGUGUGGAUCCGUGCGUCCUGCCCAUCAGAUGGCCACUUGUAAUUUAGCUCUUCCUUUCCAUGCGGACCCUCUUCAUAUAGAAUGGGAAAGAAUACAUAAAGAAAAAGAACAAGUGACAAAGGGCCUUGAGGAUAUGAAAUUGCAUUUGAGAUCUGAGUGCAAGAAAGAGAUAGAGGAGGCUAUAGCACCAAUCCGUAAGAAAUAUGAUUUAAAGCUUCAGGAGGUGGAGGCAGCAUAUCUUUUGAAGAAGAAGGAGCUUGAUAUGAAUCAGAACAAAAUUCUCAUGAAUAAAGCUCUAGUUGAUGCUUUCAGAUUUACAUUCAUGGAUGUCAAAAUUUCUGAUCUUCCAGUUGUGCCUCCUGGUUAUAUGCCGCAUCCAGAUCAGGUACGGCAGCAGCAGAGUUUAAGAUCUUCCACAAUCAGUGGUUCAUCCUCAGCUCGCCAACCUGUGGAGUCCCAGCAGACUGCUAUCUCAUCUUCACCAGUUGCUAAUGGUUCAGUACAAUCUGCAGAAGCUUGUUUGCCUCCAUUAAGAUCUUCAUCUGUUGCUGGUUCAUGUUCAUGUAGCCAACCUGCUGCUGUUAGUCGUUCAACCACAUUUUCUGCAGGAAGUAUAAGCAGGCCGCCGCCUAUCAUUAGUGCAAUCACUCCUUCCAGGGGUAAUCAUCGAUUAGGUGGCGAAGUUCGUGCUCCAGCUCCACAUCUUCAGCGUUUCAAGGGACCAACAUCAACGUCUGUUAACAGUCCGUCAACCCUUCCAAAUGGCAUGCCAGUUCAUCCACGACCCGUUUACGUGGCUGCAUCUCUUCGAUCAACACUGCAAAAUCCAAUACAGCCACCCAUAGUGCAACAAUUACCUGUAAAUCUUUCUGAUUCUAGGAAUACGUCCUUGGACCAUGGACUUGGAGGACUGCCUGCUAUACAAAAUCCAUCUCUCUCAGCACGGGAACUGCUUCAAGAAAUGGAGAAUCGAUCUCGUGCAAACAGGCCUAAUUUUAUGCCACCUUUACCAGAUAUAGGCUGUAACUUUGAUUCAUUAGACCUAUCUGAUUUUCAUUCACUGGGCAGUGUACAGAGAGGUCCUAUCUCUUCAGAGCCAGCUACUAAUAAAAAUGAAAAAUGCAGAAUGGAAAAGAAAGCUGUCAGAGGACAUUAACAGAGGUCUAACCAAAUUUAACCUAGGGAGAGGAGGCUUUGGGGAAAUAUCUGGGU